AGCAGGCAGUUUGUGAAGUCGGUCGCGGAGUGCUGCGAAUUCCUGCUCGAGCCGCCACCACUCUGCAACACUGGCAAAGAGAAAACCUGAGGAGAGAAGGAGCGAGUGAGAGGGAGAGAGAGAGAGAGAGAGCGUGAGUGAGUGGGGGAAGGAGUGAGUGAGCGUGUGAGAGGGAGAGAGAUAGAGAGAGAGAGAGACUCACUGUGCGCCGGGUCCACAUUUGCACGAUGGCUUCGGAUCCGGGGCUGCUGCUGCUCUUACUGUGGACUAUAUCUCUCCAGGUUCAGGGCUCCAAAGACACAAACAGCAAUGAAGUUAAUCUCCUCGACACAUCACUGAUAUCAGGAGACUGGGGGUGGCUGACGUACCCAUCACAUGGGUGGGAUGCCAUUAAUGAAAUGGAUGAGUACUUCACCCCAAUUCACACCUAUCAAGUGUGCAACGUGAUGAGUCCCAGCCAGAACAACUGGCUCCGGACCAAUUGGAUCCCACGCGAGGGGGCCCGACGCAUCUACAUCGAGAUCAAGUUCACGCUGCGCGACUGCAACAGCAUGCCAGGUGUGCUCGGCACCUGCAAGGAGACCUUCAACCUCUACUACUAUGAGGUGGACCGCGACCUGGGCCGCUCCACCAUCUGGGAGAACCAGUACGUCAAGAUCGACACCAUCGCCGCAGACGAGAGCUUUACUGGCGUGGACCUGGGCGUGCGGCGUCUCAAGCUCAACACCGAGGUGCGCGGUGUUGGCCCACUGACGCGACGCGGCUUCUACCUGGCCUUCCAGGACAUCGGCGCCUGCAUCGCCGUCGUCUCGGUGCGCGUCUACUACAAGCGCUGCCAGGGCGUGGCGCGCGGCCUGGCCAUCUUUACCGACGUGGUGACCGGUGCCGACUCAUCCUCACUGGUGGAGGUGCGGGGCCAGUGUGUGGACCACGCCGAGGAACGGGACACGCCCAAGAUGUACUGCAGCGCCGAGGGCGAGUGGCUGGUGCCCAUUGGCCGGUGCGUGUGCAGUGCUGGCUUCCAGGAGCACCGCGACGCCUGCAUCGCGUGUGAAGUGGGCUACUACAAACCCACAGCAGGGGACCAGCAGUGUGAGAAGUGCCCGCUCCAUAGCCACUCAGAGACCAGAGCUGCCCUCACCUGCCCUUGCGAUGCCAACUACUACCGAGCCACCUCUGAUCCUCCCGCAACUCCCUGUACAAGACCCCCGACUGCACCCAUAAAUGUGAUCUCAUCAGUGAACGGCACCUCGGUGAGCUUGGAGUGGGGCUCCCCAGUUGAUAGCGGCGGCCGCAGUGACGUCAUCUACAACGUGUCGUGCCAGCGCUGCGCGCAGGACUGGAGCCAGUGCGCGGACUGCAGCACCGGGGCCGGCGUGUCGGGCAGUGCCGCCGCCAUGGGGCCUGGGGCGGGGCUGGGGGUGAGCAGCACAGGUGGGAACGUGGUGAAGCUGGGUGGAGGUGCGGGGGUAGUGGCUCGCACUGGGGCGCCGCUCAUCCGCUUCAUACCGCAGCAGAUGGGCCUCACCGACACGCUGGUGACGGUGCUCAACCUGGCGGCGCAUGCCAACUACACCUUCCGCAUCCACUCGCUGAAUGGGGUGUCGCGCCUGAGCAAUGAGCCACCGCAGUUCACCACCGCCAAUAUCACCACAAACCAGGCAGCUCCAUCCCAGGUACUUGCCAUUCGACAAGAGAACGCUAGUCAGAACAGUGUCACCCUGCUCUGGCAAGAACCUGACCAACCCAAUGGCGUAAUACUUGAGUAUGAUAUCAAGUACUACGAAAAGGAAAAUGAGCUUCAGAGCUACUCGACAGUCAAGUCCAAGAACACCAGCGCAAAGGUGUCGGGGCUGAAGCCUGGCACACGCUACGUCUUUCAGGUGCGAGCCAGGACCUCAGCAGGUUGCGGCCGCUUCAGCCAAUCGGUGGAGGUCCAGACGGGCAAAGCUGUCCCUUUACGCUACGACACAAUGACAAUCAUCUGGAUCUGCCUGGCACUAGUAAUCGGCCUAAUCACCUUCCUGGCUAUUGUCAUCUGCAGAAAACGGCAAGAGGAGUACUUUGACUUAUCCACUUUUACCGUACACUGCGGUUAUAGCAAGGCCUUCCAAGACUCUGACGAAGAGAAGAUGCACUACCAAAAUGGCCACGUCUCAUUUCCUGAAGCCAGGUUCUAUAUUGAUCCCCACACGUACGAGGACCCAUGCCAGGCAGUACAUGAGUUUGCCAGAGAAAUUGAAGCCUCCAGGAUCAAAAUUGAGAAAAUCAUAGGCUCAGGGGAAUUUGGUGAGGUGUGUUAUGGACGCAUGAAGCUCCCGGGAAAGAGAGACAUCCCUGUGGCCUUGAAGACACUGAAAGCAGGCUACAGUGAGAAGCAGAGGAGAGAUUUCCUCAGUGAGGCCAGCAUCAUGGCACAGUUUGACCAUCCCAACGUCAUUCGGCUGGAAGGAGUGGUCACACACAGCAAACCAGUGAUGAUAAUCACAGAGUACAUGGAAAAUGGAUCAUUGGACUCUUUCCUUAGGCGGCACGACGGCCAGUUUACUAUCAUACAACUCGUCGGUCUUCUUCGGGGUAUCGCGGCUGGGAUGACAUACCUGGCUGACCUUGGGUUCGUCCACAGAGACCUGGCUGCACGCAACAUACUGGUCAACAGCAACCUGGUGUGUAAAGUGUCAGACUUUGGACUUUCUCGCGUUUUGGAGGAUGACCCAGAUGCAGCUUAUACUACAAGUGGGGGAAAGAUCCCGAUCCGCUGGACAGCCCCAGAGGCCAUUGCCUACAGGAAGUUCUCAUCAGCCAGUGAUGUGUGGAGCUAUGGUGUGGUCAUGUGGGAGGUCAUGUCAUAUGGAGAGCGUCCUUAUUGGAACCUGACAAACAGAGAUGUGAUAAAGUCAGUAGAAGAGGGCUACAGGCUGCCUUCACCCAUGGGCUGCCCUGUUGCAUUACACACGCUGAUGCUGGACUGCUGGCAGAAAGACCGCAACGAACGGCCCAAGUUCUGCCAGAUCGUCACGGUCCUCGACAAGCUGAUCCGCAACCCAGAGAACCUCAAAUCAAUGGGCACAAUGUGCAGACUAAACAGUCCUUUGAUGAACAGAACCAAUCCUGACUUCAGCACCUGCAGAUCAGUGGGAGACUGGUUGGACACCAUCAAGAUGGGCCGCUACAAGGACCACUUUGCCGUGGGGGGAUACUACACCCUGGGCCACGUCAUGGGGAUGAAUCAGCAAGACAUCCAGAGGCUGGGGAUUACCCUCAUGGGUCACCAAAAGAAGAUCAUGACCAGUGUUCAGAUGAUGCGUGUUCAAGUGCUAAACAACAGUGUACCGUCGGUGCAUGUAUAAUCAAGCGCGACGCACCCGGGGCCUACUGCAGUGUCCACACUUCAAAGGGUCAUCGACAGCCUGAUCGCAUCGGAACCAUGAACCUUUAAAAGACUCCUCUGAGAAAUCAAGUUUCAGCAGGACUGCUAUAAUGCAGAAGUUUUGACUGAGGGAGGGGUGGGGAGGGGAGGGGGGCAAAA